AAGCAGGUGAGUGUUGUGAUGUUGAAGCAGGAAGGCUGCUGAAUUAUGAAUGAAGGUUUGAGCUGCGUCUCACCUGUCAGCAUGCUCACCUGCUGUCUGAGAACCAAUCAGCAAGCUGAGUGAAACACAUUGAGUCACUGAUCUCAGGUGUCUUUCAAACAGGUAAACUGUGUUCAUUCUUUCAAAAUAAAAGUUUCUCAGUAUAAAGCAGCACUUGUUGUGUCUCAGAUGUUGGUGUUGUGUACUUGUAGUGAUUGAAGUGAUUGUUGUGAGGUUGGUCUGAUGACAGUGUUUGAAUGCAGCCGCUGUGCAGCCUGUGGAUUGUGUGUUUGUGUGUGUGUGCACUCUUUGUUUGUCUCACACUGAAGCUGAUUGUGCAUUUGUGGACUCUCUUUGUGUCGAGGUCGUUCGAGGACGCUGAGAUAAAUGCAGCCACACACAGUCUGUCAUCCUCCACAUCAUGUGACCUCGAGCCGAGCUGUCACUUCUGAACCAAGCUAACAGCUAAAGCUAACAGCAACACAUCCAACUUUGAGAUGUUACCAUGGUAACCAAAAUGACAAGUUUACACAGAUUUGCCUCUGACCUGAUUCAGGUUGGGCAAUCACGUUGGAGAUAAAAGUGUAAUAAAGUUAAGCUUUUGUACCAAUGUUCAAUGUUGAUCAAUGUUUGCUAAUCAGCUGUUUGAUGCUAGGUUUACUGAAUGAGCUGCUCUCAUUAUGAUGUCAAUGAUUUCAAGUGAUGUAUUCAUGUAUUAUUAUUGUAUUAUUAUGAAUCAUUAUGUUGUUAUGUUUGUGUGCCUUUGCUGCUCCUUUAAAUAAACAGGAAAUACGAGUAUAUAACAGUAAAUAUACCGUCUGUAUGUUAAUAAUAUAUAAAGUGAAUAUCUGAUACCCAGUUUAGAUUCAGAGUCUGACAUUUAAACAGGAAACAAAGACACUUUCUCUACCAGGUGGACAGGCUCCUCCCAGUGGGCGGGGCUUCCCAGCUGCACUCAGCUGUAUCAAUCAGAGUCCACUCGCACUCGUCUCCUCGACAACCACUGAACUACAGCUGAUCUGCAGGACUACUGCUGCUGGCUGACUGGAGAUGAAAAUGAAGCGCUCCCUGAUCUUCGGUCUGCUGCUCGGCUCAUCUCUCUUGGCUUUGGCAUCGGCCAUCCGCUGUUACAGCUGCAAAGAUUACACCGCCAGUUGUUCCAAACAACGAGACUGUAGCUAUGACGACGCCUGUCUCACACUCAACGAGAGAGGUGGGAUGACUUAUCGUCAAUGUCUAAAGUACUCAGACUGUGAAUACAGCAGACUUGGACAGAUGUUCCCCCAGGUUUCUAGGUUCACCUUCAAGUGCUGCAACUCAGACCUGUGUAACUCCGCCCCCUCCUCUGCAGCGAGCUCUGUCAUUGGUCUGCUGGCCUCAGUGGCAGUCAUGUGGUGGUGCGUUCACUGACCAGUGUUGUGUUCACUGACCAGUGGUGCUAACAUACAUUAAAUUGAUCAGUAAAGCUCCAUGUUAAUACUCUGUCUGAUCUCACUCUUUAUGAAACAUGAACUCUGAAUAUUUACUCUCACCUUUUGACCAUUGAUUCUCCGAGACGUUUUAUAGACGAGACGAUGAUGAUUAAAAGAUUUAAAAAAGUUUAAACACUAAAAAUAAUGGACUCAUUUUAAUCAAUAAAUAUUAAGAUACAUUACUUGUCUUAUUUCAUCUUGAAUUAAUUUUACAACAUGUUGUCAACUGUUGCAUCUUAAAGAGUCCUUUCAGAAUAAAGUGUUCCAAAAUGCUUCCUGUAUUAAUAACUGUAAACAUUUUUCUGUUGUUGUUUGUAAACAUUAAUAAAUAAAAGUGACAAAGUGUGAACAUA